AUGUUUGUUCACAAGCGCGAUGGACGUAAAGAACGCGUUCAGUUCGACAAAAUCACAGCUCGUGUGUCGAGGCUAUGUUAUGGCCUCGACCCGGACCAUGUUGACCCUGCUGCCAUCACAAUGAAGGUCAUCUCGGGCGUGUACCACGGUGUCACGACGGUCGAGCUGGAUAACUUGGCCGCUGAGACAGCAGCAUACAUGACUGUCACCCAUCCAGACUAUGCUAUCCUCGCCGCACGUAUCGCCGUGUCGAACCUCCACAAGCAGACAAAGAAGCAAUUCUCGUCUGUGAUCCAUGACCUUUUUAGCUAUAUCAACCCAAAAAAUGAUAAGCACCAACCUAUGAUAUCGAAGUCCGUCUACGACAUUAUACAAGAGCACGCUGAAGAGCUCAACUCGGCUAUUGUAUACGACCGCGAUUUUAACUAUCAAUUCUUUGGAUUCAAGACCCUCGAGCGAUCAUACCUACUUCGCAUCAAUGGCAAAGUAGCCGAGCGUCCUCAGCACAUGCUGAUGCGUGUAGCUGUGGGUAUUCACGGCGAGGACAUUGAGAAGGCUAUAGAGACCUACGACAUGAUGUCGCAGAAGUUCUUCACACACGCGUCACCCACUCUUUUCAAUGCGGGUACACCUCAGCCUCAGAUGUCCUCUUGUUUCCUUAUCGACAUCAAGGACGACAGCAUCGAGGGCAUCUACGAUACACUGAAGACCUGUGCCAUGAUCUCCAAGACUGCUGGCGGUAUUGGUCUGAAUGUGCACUGCAUCCGUGCCACUGGCUCGUACAUUGGAGGAACCAACGGUACUUCGAACGGUCUCAUCCCUAUGCUCCGUGUCUACAACAACACUGCUAGAUACGUUGACCAGGGUGGCAAUAAGCGUCCGGGCGCCUUUGCCAUUUACCUGGAGCCUUGGCAUGCGGACGUGUUCAGCUUCCUUGACUUGCGAAAGAACCACGGCAAGGAGGAGGUACGUGCGCGUGAUCUGUUCUAUGCCCUUUGGGUACCGGACCUAUUCAUGAAGAGAGUCCAAGAGAACGGCGACUGGACUCUGUUCUGCCCCAACGAAGCUCCUGGCCUCGCAGAUGUCUACGGUGACGAGUUUGAGGCUCUGUAUGCCAGGUACGAGGCUGAAGGUCGUGGACGUGAGACUGUCCGCGCCCAGAAGUUGUGGUAUGCUAUCCUCGAGGCUCAGACGGAGACUGGAAACCCCUACAUGCUUUACAAGGACGCCUGCAACCGCAAGAGCAAUCAGAAGAACCUCGGAACCAUCCGCAGCUCUAACCUCUGCACUGAGAUCAUUGAGUACACUGCCCCUGAUGAGGUAGCUGUGUGCAACCUUGCCUCCCUCGCCCUUCCUAGGUUUGUUGAUGAGAAGCAAGGCAAGUUUGACUUCCAGAAGCUCCACGAGGUUACGGAGAUUGUUACUCGUAACUUGAACAAGAUCAUUGACGUCAACCACUAUCCUGUUCCGGAGGCUCGCAAGAGCAACUUCAGGCACAGGCCUAUUGGUCUCGGUGUACAGGGUCUUGCUGAUACUUUCCUGGCUCUCCGCAUGCCUUUCGAUUCUCCGGAGGCCAAGAAGCUCAACACCCAAGUUUUCGAAACCAUCUACCACGCAGCAUUGACCUCGUCCUGUGAUUUGGCCAAGGAGCUCGGUCCUUACGAGACAUACGAAGGAUCUCCUGUUUCUCAGGGUAUCCUGCAGUAUGACAUGUGGAAUGUCACCCCUACCAAACUGUGGGAUUGGGCGCCGUUGAAGGAGAAGAUCGCUCAGUAUGGUGUCCGCAACUCUUUGCUCGUUGCGCCCAUGCCGACAGCCUCCACUUCUCAGAUUCUUGGAUACAACGAGUGCUUCGAGCCCUACACUUCAAACAUCUACUCUCGUCGUGUUCUGGCCGGUGAAUUCCAGGUCGUCAAUCCUUGGUUGCUUAAGGAUCUCGUGGACAUGGGCCUAUGGUCCGACAACAUGAAGAACCGUAUCAUCGCUGAUGGUGGCUCCAUCCAGCGCAUCCCCAACAUUCCAGACGAAAUCAAAGCCCUGUACAAGACUGUCUGGGAAAUUUCACAGCGAACCAUCCUUCAGAUGGCCGCUGAUCGUGGUGCUUUCAUCGACCAGUCUCAGUCGCUCAACAUCCACAUGAAGGAGCCUACCAUGGGCAAGAUCACCUCCAUGCACUUUGCUGGCUGGAAGCUUGGCUUGAAGACUGGGUUGUACUACCUCCGAACCAUGGCUGCGUCUGCUCCUAUCCAGUUCACUGUGGACCAGGAGGCUUUGCUGGUCGAGGACACCAACGUCGCUCGUGCCCUUCCAACAAAGCGACGAGGCCUUGGUGUCAGCACCUCGCCAUCGCCGACUCCUGUUCCUCGACCAAUGUUCGCAACCAAGACGCCAAAUGGUGUUCCCACUCCAGGGGCAACACCGCCUAUCGGCUCUGAAAACAUGCAGCUGAACGGCGCGACCAAGGAUGCUCUCGCCUCCAAGCCUUUCAAGGCUGAUGUGCCCGAGGGUGAGAGCCCGAAGGUCAUUGCAGCCGAGUCAACUGGCAAGCUUCCUGACGACGAGGCUCUUCCCGAAGCUGCCUCCAGCCAGGAAGAAGAUGGAAAGGAGAGCGCUGAUCGCGAAGGAGACAUCUACUCUGACGCAGCCCUUGCUUGCUCGAUAGAGAACAAGGAGGCCUGCAUCAUGUGCAGCGGUUAG